AAGAGCCAUACCGUGGAUCGCGUUUCGUGCCCGUGGACACUUUGCAUGUCCAUCGAGUAAAAAUAUUCCAUAAAGAAGCGAAGCACGCCAAUCGGGUUACCGUUGAGAAACCGCGCCUAAAGGUCUCGUUGAACGUCGUUCCUGGUUCUUUCUCGUACCUGUCCCUCAAACGGCGAUUAGUUGUAACUUUAACUGGAAUGGCUUCGCGAAGUACAAAAGAAGUUAACUUAUACGUAUAACAAGCAAAUCCCUAAUUUCCGUUUGGUCAACAUGGAAAUAGCUGAAAUUAUUCUUCUACCCAUUUUUCUCUGAAAUUUCGAAUUUAUAUAAGUUUCGUACUUUUUAAGCCAGCCGUUUAUUAUUCUGUAAAGUGAUAUUAACCGCUAAGAAUGUGCCACACGUUCCGAGACUUCUCGAGCUUGGCUUCCGGUCUCGAAGUGUCCCAAGAUGACACUAAUCGCGGUCCUGUUUCCGGAGUAUUCCAGAACUGUUCAUUUUUAACCGACUUCGAAAAGGAGGAGGUUACUCAAUUCGACAUGUAUAUAUAUAAUUUUUUUUUUUUUUCAUGUUUCAGGAAUGAGGAUAUGCCCCUGCGAUGUUGCAGAGAACAACAUCAUCAAGACGAUCGCCUGCAACAUCGGCGGUUCCAGGGCGGAGGGGACGACGCGCGAGCGUCGCCACCGAGAGACCCGUGGACAUGGUGCAAACCAGUCCAAGGUCAACGAUGGAGAGACAACGCUCUCCGAGAGGAAGUUACGCGCCGGACCCGCGUACACGUGUUCCUAAUCCAGACAUUGCUCUGGAACAGGAAACAGACUCUUCCGACGAGAUAACGGAAAAUCAAAUCGGAAUAAGGAUGAGUAGGAGCCCCCGCCAUUCCAUAGUUUCGGAGAGCUACUACAGAUGUCCACGGAAUGGCGGACGUAGUCUUGCACCAGACAUGAAUUACGGCUCACCUCAUUCCCUCGUCCCAGAAACCGCGAUGAGUCCUCGACACUCGCUUGUGCCCGACAAGGCCCACGAUAGGAGCCCGAGAAACAGCCUAGUUCCCCUAACGGCUUCGAGGACAUCCCUGUUAUCCGACAACGGUAAUCCAAUGAGCUCUAGGCCAUCCUUGGCGCCGAAUUCGUCGAGAAGUCCUCGCGGGAGCAUAUCGACGAUGGAAAUGGUCUAUCGGAGCCCCCAAAGAAGUCCACGUGGUUCGAUAGCCUCUGAUUGCAUUAAUCAGAGUCCCAGAAACUCCAUCGCACCGUACGAAAUCCACGCGAUGAACAGUAACAGGUCGUCGCGUGGAAGUUUGGGGAACAUGGAAAUCAUCAGAUCCGGGGUAAACGAAGACGUUACAAGUCCUAGACGUAUCGUCGAUCCGGAUUAUAUGAACAGAAAUCCUAGGGGCAGUCUUGGCGGUUUGCCGGAAAUGAAUCCCACAAUGAAAGCCACAAUGGCGCAGAGCUCGAGACGAGCUUCGGUUGAUCCAGUUUCUGACAACCGAAUUUCUGCCUCGAAUCGGAUGAUUGAAGUUAACUGUGGCAGCGUGAAGUCUGGCUCAGGCAAUGUACACCUAAAUCUAGGUUACGGGGUAAACGCCAUCGAGGAUACAAGAAGAGAUAGUAGUUCAGUCUCACAGUUUUCAGGGGAUGAAUCGCGCCGUCUGUUCAAUAGCGGUGUCAUGAUACCGAAAAACAACACGGAAAAGGACAAGCUUGGCGUGAUCACCUAUGGCUCCGUGGCUUUCCAGCUGAAGGACGCGAAUUUGGAGGCGUGCAGCACAUGCGACUUCGUGUUUCGAGCCCUGAAAGUUGUGUCGAAAACGAGGAUUGUGACGGGAUGUCUCGCCUCUUACUUUAUCUUCUCGUUGAUUAUGCUGAUCUUCGGAUGGAAAUACGUAAAGGAGUGCACCGUAGAAGAUCGGAUACCGAUCUACUUGGUCAUAAGUGGGAUACUCAGUAUGAUCCUAAUGAUCUUCGUGGGUUAUUUGCAGUUGAGAUCAAGAAAGCCGGAGAUUAUGUCGACAGCGCCACAGUCGCCUGAAGUCAUCUUCACCAUAGUGAUAAUCGUAGGGUUAUCUCUCUUCUUGAUAGGCUGGUUCGUGGCCGGAAACUACUGGAUCCUGGGAAUCAUGUGGCCAAUCUUCAAUGAUAACAUGUACAUGAAAGAUAUGUAUUGUGCUAAACCACUUUACAUAUUUUCCUUGGUACAUCUUGGUGUCGUUUAUACCAUUAUCGCCAGUACCCUACUGUUGAUGCUAGUGCUGGCCUGCUUCAGAAUAUUAGCCUGUCCAUUGCCGCAUAGGUACAAAUAACCACAUCGAUCAGCGCGCGUUAGAGAAGUUGGACCCGCGAGGCUGAUGACAAGGAAAUUUGUACCGUCCGUGGGCAAAUUUUGAAAACUGUCGUGGAAUUGAACGAGGACAGUGACUAUCGCAUCAGUUCCUCGAGCGUUUCCGACGACGAGGAUUAAACUAAUUGGACAUAAACUGAAGAUUGGUAUAAUCGAAAAAUCGUUAAGAAACGAUAUUCCACCAAAAGAACAAAUAAAGACAAAAUAAUCUCCGUUGAUGUGAAUUAGGCUGAGAUACGACGAGAUACGACGCGUUUCGUUUAAAUUUAGAGGCAGCGAGAGGGCCGAAAUAACAACGGUGCUAAAAAAGGAGAGCGAACAGAUAAACGCCACGAUUGUUACGGCUGAUGUGAAAUCCCGUCUGGCACACAUAGAAUUCGAGUCUUCUGCCCAGACGUACAGAUGACGUAGAUAAAAGUUUUCGAUUUCAGGAGACAGGACGUUGGGUCGAAUACGUGUGUAGCAAUCUGCCACUGGAUCAAUAGCCCGAAUCUUACGAUAUAACGCGGCUGCCAGUAAUAUCGCGCCAAACUUCGUUUUGGGCUGCUUUUUCGACGAUGCUAAGCGCGAAUGAUAUAAAUUUAAUGACUCCAGACUGGAAGUCAAACGCUCAGAGACGGGGUAGAAUUAUUAUUGUUGAGAAAAAAAUAAGCAGAUGUUGAAUAAAUUAAAAUGGAGAUGGAAAUGAAGUGAAGCACAAGAUGUUUAAUAGCUGAGGAAAGAUCAACGCCUUUGAUCGGGAAAGAAGAUAAACUGAUGUUUGAUAGAUGAUAGAAGAGGAGACCGUACUUAAAGGGUAAAGAAUAUGAACACUUUGCUAGAGAGAAGCAUAUUUCUCUGAUUUUGUGAAGCAAGGGCAUAUAUCUAGAAUUUUACGAGUCAUGAUAUAAGGGCUUAAGUAUAUAAAUUGUAACAGCUUACGAGGGAAAGGCAUAUGACAGUAUAUCUUGCCAAAGAGGAAUGUAUAUCAGGAAAGGGAUUGAAUAUUUGACAAGGACAGAGCAUAUUUAACUACAUAGCAAGGAUUUUACGAAACUACAUACAGUACAUAAGGAUUUUAGGGGAGGAAUUGAACAUUUGGCUAUGAAAGAGCAUGCGCCAAGAUUUUCACGAAAUGGACGAUUCGUAAAGGAAGGGUAUGUAGGAAGAGUGUCGAGAAAAGAAUAGAACACCUGGCGAAAAAGUAUACAUAUAAGGAUUACAUGAGAUACACCUUACGAGAGUGGCAUAUUACAAGGAUUUCAGAAAGCAAAUUGAACAGCUUGCAGAUAUCAGAAAAUGGAUUGAAUAUUUGACAAAAAGAGAACACGAUUAAGUGUUUAAAGAAUUUCUUAUCUAUAGUCUUAAGGAUUUCGAGGGGCGAUUUGUCCACCCUUGCAAGUAUCGAGCAUCAAAGGUUUAUUACUCCUAGGAUGACUUCUGCUCUUAUCUGACAAAGGUGAAAAUAAUACUUGUGGAAGGAAACCAACGAAGACAAAGAGUAUAGAAAGUUUGUUUGGAAGAGAUUCAACUGAUCGUAAUUUUGGGUAAUGUAAACUUAUUCAUUUCAAUUUCAUAGUUUAAUGAGGUCAGGUUUAUAUUCGACUAAUUCGCUGUACACGUGAAAGCAUCUCGAUAUAUUUCCACUCGUGAUAAACAGCAGCAGAGUGGAAAUGCCAAAAAUUUUUAAACGAAUAAUAAAAAUAAUCGACUGGAACCCAAUUAACAUUGCACGAAGGGAAUGCAAUGUUGCGUAACGUAUCGAAAACGAUAUAAUAAUAUGGAGUUUGUUUACGCAUUACAUCCCUUCAAAAUGAUAUUUACCGGAAUAAUUACCUGCAAACACUCGAUAAUUCGAUAGGUCCAUUCGAAUAUUUAAAGAUCUGGUUUUCCAAACUCUUAUCGUAACAUAACCGUCUACCUGCAAUCGUUACAAUUAAAUGAAAUAAAAUAAUCCAUAUAUCGGAUCAGUCGAGGCUCGUCGAAGUCAUCCUAGGAUCGAAACAGUCCGAGAUUCAACCAAGAAUACAUUCCAAAAAUAUCACAAAUAUGGUGGAAUACUUGCGGAAAAAAUGAUGCCAAAUUACACGUGUUUAAUCGAUCACUUCGCAAGGGAAGUAAUAUUUUAAAACUGUUGUUAAGAAAGUGGACGAUUUUGAUUGUAAGAAAUGUUUUCUUCUCGAACCGAAAGGUUAGACUCGACAGAAAUUUGUGUAACUGAAAAUUGUUUCGAGUCAAAUAAGAAAUUUCCUGCAAUUUUAAUUAUAAUUCGUGUACUUUUACAUUUUGCUAGAUAUACAAUUUUCGAAAGUCUCCUUCGGUUCUCCAUUAGAGCUGCUAUACUAAAGAUGCCUGCCAAGUGCAAAGGGCUCAAAGCUCUACUCUUAUUUCUUCAUACUUAUACACAUUAUACAUAAUUCCUUUGUAUUCCAUAUUAUUGAUUAAUUGCUGCUACGCGUUGUUCUUUAAUUUCACGGCUUUAGUCGGUUAACAGUUAAAGUAAAAUCACUCGCGAUUAAAGUAAUCUAUGGUGCUUGGUGUUUCGUCCAUCCGCGUCUAUCUUCAGAUCGAAGUGACGAGUACUCGCUCCUCUUGGUGUCGAUGUGAAACAAUGAUGUAUCCGUUUUGUGUCUGUUAUCAAGCCGUUACUAUCCGUGAUGAUUCAAGUAUUAUAACUCGAUACAAUUGUGUAAAGCCUACCUAGAGAACUGUUCGUCUGUUUACUAUUUUAAGAGCAAGGUAGCGUGUCGUUCCUCCUUGACGGGGGUUGAACGAACGCACAGUGGUGUGUAACUUUCCAUUUCAACUAACCUCCUAGAGAGUUUCUCUGGGAACUCGGAUCUUGUCUAUCUAGGGUAAAAGGAACAAACCGAGGGGAAGAUGUAAGUGUCAAUUAAUCCAAAGCAUCGGAGAUGCAAAACUCGCGUAGGACCAGAAAUGGGGGGGUAGCUGAGACAAUUUGGAACAACAAUUUCCUUUGCAAAAAUGUCGGUGGGAGCUUCAUUUUUGAAUUAUUAACAAAACAACCGACCAAUCACAGCGACCUGGCGCAAUCAGCCAGUUCUGGCUCGAGCUUAUGCUCUAGCGGCUGAGCGCACGCUAAUCGGGUCCUUGUGAUUGGUCGGUGUUUUUCGUUAAUAAUUCAAAAAUGAAGCCUCCACCGACAUUUUUGCAGAGGAAAUUGUUGUUCAGAAUCGUCUCAGCUACCCCCCAUUUCCGGCUCCUACGCGAGUUUUGGAACAUCCUUUAUACAUAUAUAAAUAUAUUCUAUAUAUGUAAAUAUAUAAAUACAUGUACACUUGUGUGUUAAAUAAUCGUUAUCAAAAAAUUGACCAACAGAAGAAGAGAUCGAUAGAUAUUUUGAAGAGUACACGUGUACGGAACGUGUUCAGAAAAUGUUAUUUUCAACAGGUCGGUUCGCAUCAGAGAUGGGGGAGGGAAAUUCUUAUCUAGAUAACAGUCUUGGGUAACGAAUGAGGAAUAAAAUUCAACACGACGAGAGGGGUUUGCGAAAUAAGAGAUUAAUUUCCAGUCUUUGUUACGAGCUUGAUAUUCUUGCGACGCAUCGUGUCAUUUUGCAUAAAUUUCUAGUACGUUAAAACCAUGGAGUAACAAAAGUUGUUAUUAAUUAUAUAAAAGAAUAUCGGUCAUUAUGUGAAAAUAUUAUAUCGUGUAGCGAAAGAUACAGAAAAAUGGACUGUCACGAAUGUUAACUAAAACAUGCGACGGUUUCGAUUAAAUUAAAAAUAUUAUUCACUUUCAACAUUGAAAGGUGACAAUUUAAUGACUCCUUGUUACUCCAAGAUUUUACUACUAGGAGUUCAGUCAAGCUCUCCACGAGAAAUGCUUCACUUACCUGUAAAUUUCAUAUAGAGCAUUCUAUUUUUACAAAAUUAAAACUACAUACUUAAUCGAAACGUCACAAGAAUAAGCUCGCGAAGAAUGCUGGAAAUUAAAGUCUCGAAAACGAACAAUAUCAUCUCAGUACUAUCCUGAACACAGCCUAAACAGUUUCAUGUUAGUCACCGUUCGAACAAAAAUUCGAAUUCGAAUUACAAAGUAACGUUGCAUCUCUCGUUGAACAAAUACAAAUUUUUCCGUGUAAGUAUUCAGACCAAAUAAGCGUCUCGAAUAAAUUGCUCGAGCGUUGGACAUUAUUUGUCAUUUGUUAUUCGACUAGAAUUUUGCCCAUCUCUGGUCCACGUUCGCGUAGAAGGCUCAUCGAGUUGCGUUCGACACUCGAUAGUCGGUGAUUUGAACACGGGUCCAUACUUAAUCGUCCGUACGAAUUAACGUUAUACUAAUCUGUAUCGUAUGUGUACACUUUGUCGAUGUAAAAUGUCACAGAACCGUCUCGUCAGGAAAUUGUCUUCGAUAAUCGCGUCGGUGGUUGUUGUGGAUCGCGAUCGAGAUGGCAAGUGGAAGGACUCGACUCCCGAUCGCAUGAAUUUCAUUUUAUUUACCCUGAAUUAUACAAAUUAAAGAAUGCAAAUCUCACGCAGGGUACCAUUUAUUCUACAUUAUUAGACUUUGCUAAAAUAGUAUUUCGCUCAAAUUUUCACACCAACCUUAUUUUCAAAAAAAUGCAGUGGAAGCAUUGCGCUUCAACUCGCUCGUACUUUUUUCACGAGAUACUUCAACAAAUUACGUUGCCAGCAGCACUCUCAAUUAUCCUCAAACGUAAAACUGGUCCACGUUCGGUGGUUCAUCGAAGUAAUUGUUAAAAGCGUUCUUAUCGAAUUCCUGAGCGAACAAAUUUCGCGACAGAGGGUCGAACGAAGUCCUUCCACGCACGUUAUUCUAAUUAACAUAAUUAACACGUCCAUUUUUUUUUCGUCCCAUCGAGAACGAUUGGCGAAUCCUAUAAAUGAAACGAUUUUCCUCGAAAGGUCAGAAGUCGAACGUAAAGUCAACAAACGUCGACGCACCGUACCGUAAUAACGAAGUAAACGAGUGCUCGCCAAGCUACGGGCACGAGUGUUACAUGUGUGCACAACGUAGAAAUACAAAAGAAGGGACAACAAAGCAAGGUAACGCGUUUGAAACGCUCGCGUAUCGACGCUAUCGUGCGACGUCAUACGCGUACAUACGCAAACGUAUCGCGAUAGUACGCUGGGAACGAAAAAACCAGACUCGAAAUUAUUCGAUAUUAAAGCACACGAACGAAAAAAGGGACCUGAAAAUGCAGUUACGCUUGACGCUGAUCGCGACGAUUAAAGGUUUCGCCUGAAAGUACGACGCGACUAUUCAGGGAAAUCUUGCGCAAUCUGUGACGGCGAAUCACUAGGAUAAGAAAAUGAGGAUAACGUUAGGUAGUUCGAUUGCAGCUAAGUCCACAGCUUGUUCGCAGCAGGAUCACUUGCUCAAGUUUCUCUUCACACCGAUUCUUCCCUCGCCGUUCAUGGUAUUUUCGGUUAGUGAUCGCUGUUAACCCUUUGCAGCGAGAUUAGAGUGCUUUCGAGACUGGAGAAACAAAAUAUGGGUUGCAGAAAUUCCCUUUCAAAGAAUCCACGAACAUAUUUUUAUCCUAGGAGUACAUUUGUUCAGUGUUUCAAUACUAAGUAUUUUUUAAAUACUUUAGGGUUGAUAUUCAAGAAAAAUGUACUUCGUUCAGAUGACAUUACUAAGUAUUUUUUAAAUUCUUGAGGUUUGAUAUUCAAGAAAAAUGUACUUCGUUCAGAUGACAUAUUUCUUAUUGUACAUUUGUUUAAACUAAUCGAUUAUUAGGCGCAAAUGGAAAUUUUCUGUGUGGCCAAGCAUGCUGCAAUGAGUUAAUAGCGAACAUUUCAAAGUCUCUGUCCGCGCGCGGUAUGUCGACAUCGGUGUAUCCCCGUUUAGCUGAUAAUCGCGUCGAAGGAUCAACGAAACGUACAAUUCCGGCAGCUGCGUUAAUUAUGGUAGCUGCGUGCACUCAAGUUCUCAGCUUCGGGCUGUUUCACUGCACCCGCGCGUCGAUUAACCCCUUCGUGCCCACGCCUGAACUCAACUAACGCUAUUUCCUUUUGUUGUACGCACAUUAUUCCAAUUCGUGGCAAAUUGCACCGACAUGCUUGCAAACCCACUAUGCUUAACGAAUGAAAUAAAAUUAAAAAUUUGUUAUACAUCCUCCUUCUUUAUAAAUUACUCGACGUGGUUUCAAAUGAAAUAAUCUUAGUUUCAAAAAAUAUAUUUUAAUCGGUGAUUAAAUCAUUCGAGACACUCGCAAGAAACGAAUUCCCUCCGUUCGAAGGAAACAAUAUAAAUUUUAAAUAAAAUGCGUACCUCCGGUUAGAAUUUAGAGCUUGCCAGCACUAUAUAUUGGAUAGAGUUACUCGAUAGUACGCUACUCAAAAAGCCUGUUGUUUCGCAGCACCUCUGACAAUUUUAUCAACGAUUGCAUACAAAUGGACACUUUGGAAAAUAAUGUAAAUCGUAGAAAGCUCGCGUUGUGUAAAAAACGAUACGGUGGACACAAAGGGGUUAACUACUUAUUUGGGUUAACUACUUUAUACACAGGGGCGCGUGUACGCCAUGAAUGCAUGUACGCGCGAACCGAUGCGCCGGAGCGAAUAUCAACGGGCUGCAUAUACGCCUGUCAAUUUAAUGGAGAAUAUUAGCGAGGAAUCGUGGAAACGUUGUUUACUCGAUCAAAAUACUGGACCAGAUUUUCCUAGCUUUUCGAUUAUCCCGCGUACCUCCCUCUGUCUCUUCGCAUCCCGUUCUCUUUCUUUCUUUUUUAACUCGAUUUAUUUAACUGAAACAGUCAACCGAGCCGGGGGAUAAAAAUUUCACAAAGCAUACUAAAGCGGUGGUUUUCGAGGCGCUCCAAAAGAAACAAAGAACGACUGUACUCUAAAUGUGGAAUUGUAUUAUUGUAUCCCAAAUAUCAAAUAACGUGUUGAAGUUGAUAUAACAAUAUAAUAUUCAAAUGUAUAGACUAUUUUUUUCCCAAAAUAAGUGAAAAGUUCUUUUGGAAGAGGUCCAAGACAGUCCAUAAUUAUUUAUUCCUCAGAAUAAAUAAAGACCCGAGGAACCUUCUUUAAUCUCUAACUAUAUAUUUAAAGGCUAACGAAAACACUUUGGAAAUCACUGACCCAUAGGCAGCCCACGUGCAACGAUUAAAGUGAAAUGAACGAACGAGGAUUCGACGGACGUUUCAAUCGGGGUCUCGCCAUUUUGCUAACCGCGUGGAAUCGACAGCAGCAAAUAAUUCCGGCAUCCCGAUAUCCUCUCAGAGCGACGAUAUGCGGUGAAAUAUUUUUGUGUCGCGAACGUGGCACCGGAUACGAGAUAUCGGGGGAGGCGGGGGUAUCUGAAAUUUCAAUUAAAACGUUGCGCGACGACAAACAUCAAAUUAACCGACCAAAUUCAUUCCCGAUUUGAUUUAACGUUUCCACGGUUCCGAACGGCCCGCUGGCCAUCGCCACCAACUAUUGGAUCACUAUAUUGUGAGUGUAAUAUACAUGUAUACAUAGACGUCUAUACGAGUCGAAAGAGGGAAAUCGAAUUUGUCUCCAGAGAUUGGACAAAUACCUUAUCCAAAUAAAAAUUUCGGAGAAUUACUAGGUGAACAACCUGUGCUCUAUUUAUUCGAUAGAAAUUUUAGUCCGAAGCUGUGAAAUGUAAUUAUUUAUAGAAUUUCUUCGUGUCUUGAAAUCUUCGAUAAAGUCAUUUCUAUUUUAAUGCUCUCGCUACCAAAGAAGUAUUCCCUUUACGUUUAAUCGACUAAAAUUUUGCGAUGUCCUCGAUGAAUGCUGUUUCCCUCUCUGGACUCUUCUCAUCCCUAGCACGUAAGGAUCAAGAUAUUCUGUUGAUAUAUCUAAUGUUAACGUGUCGUUGGAUUUAUAUAGAAUAGAGAGCUUAUUUAUUUUUAUACUGAAUGGUUUGAUAGUGUCCGACAUAUAUAUUUAAUUGAACAAAGUGCAACGGCGGGAGUGGCCACUUAUAUUAUCGCAAGCUUUCGUUUGUUCGUUACUUUCAAUGCGCAACUUUCGGAUCAGUUAAUUAAUCCGAUGAUCAUCGGUUGUACGGUUAAUCAGACUCGUAAGUGUACGCGUACAUAUAAUACGUAUAUAUUGUAUAUUUACAUGCAUGUGUUUCAUGCGUAGCGUUACGUUUUUCGGUUAGGUUUAGAAAUGCGCUAAUGUUUAGUCAUGUCGUAUCCAAUUCAGUAGUGUUUAGAAUUAUUUGCACACCCUAUGAACCGUGGUCAAGGGUUUAACGUAACAUUCACCGUCGUAAUACGUUCGAGUGUUUCCUUCCAUCCGGAAGUAGCGAUGGGAAUCGUGCCUAGGAAUACAGGAAGCUUUAACACGUUGAUCGCCAUGUCACCCAUAUAUGGGUGACCGUGAUUUUCAUUCAAGAACUAGAAAAAUUAAUUCUGAAAGUUAGACGUCACAGGAGAUGAAUCUAAAUGAAGUUCUUGAAUUUUGAUGUAAUUACAAAACUAAAUACCACGAUAAAUAUUUCAUUAGCUAGACUCCGAUAGUCUAAAUAAUAUUUAAUCUUAGCAGAAAUUUUCAAGAAUAUUCGUUUGGCAGGCAACGUGUUAAGAUAUAAAAUAUGUUUUUAAAAUUCAAGAUAGGUAUGAGUUGGAGUUACAUAUGUAUUGAAAUUAUUUCAGAUGUCUUGCAAUGACACCGAUGAAAUAAUAUUUUUAAUAGGUAUUUUCAGAAUAAAUUACUUGAAUAGUACUUUAAUCAGGCAUUUUAUUGGUUCCAUUAGCGUUAAAUGCCAUUAAAUAACAUCGUGGUGGUUCAAAUAACAUUUUGCCCAUCUCUGAUGAGAGGUAAAGAUUCCCAGCGCUAGUUGCGGAGCGGAUCCAACCAUCGCAAACAUCGAUUACAUUUUUCUAUACUAUUUGCACCAUUCCUCACGAUCGUCUGUGUGCAGAGUGACAGGAGAGAUAGAUCGUGCGCGAAACCGACAUCGAAAAGGGUACCUUAAGGAACGAGGGUCACUGCUACGUGACGCGUUCGUAGAAAAUGUAUCUCCAUCCGACGCAACUGUUAAUUGGGCCGUCCGAUUAAUACAAGCGUGAAACGAGAAAAACAGAUACAGCGGGACCUUGAAACAUGCUGAAAGACGAAGCUCGAAAUUUAGCUUCGAGAAAUUCUAUAUUCUACCAUAAAUUCUAUACCAGGGUAUCAAUUUCAAACACAAACGUAUCGAUGACACCAAAACACCUCCUGAUCCAUAAGUGAACAUAUUUUAUUUGAAAUGAAACGAGGAAUAACUAUUCAAGGUUUCUCCCCAAGGCUUCUGUUAUAUCGAAACUCUUUGCCUUAUUCUAAUUAUUACAAUCUGAACGUGUAUCGUUAUAUUUUCGAGACACGCCAGUUAUUCUCAAGUCCUGCUGUAGCUGUGCCAUAGUACUUUGCGAUUACUAGACAUCGCCGAGCUAUUGAUUUUUCUCGCCUCAUGGAGGACAACAGUACACGUUGACCUCCUCUUCCUUUCCGUUUACUGUAUAAUUGUACGAAAAAAAAUGAAGGAGCAGCUGCGUAAAACGAAUGGCUUCGAACGACUCGAACGACAGAUAGAGGUAACGAACGACACGGAUUCGAAUUCGACUUGCAGCAAUCGAUCGACGCGAUCACCGGCGACGAUCCAGCGUGAGUUCGCCCGACAUCUCUUCGAACAGUGCUUUUCAAACUUCUGGGAGGCGCCGCGCUGAAAUGAAGCCAUAAUUUCUAUGCCAGAAGUAUAUAGAAAUUAGAAAGAUGUUUCAAUUCGUUCAAAAUUAAAUUGUUUUCGUUAGUAUGAAAAAUACCUCCAUUCGAGAAAUGAAUGGAUAAUCAGUUCAAGCACUCUUCAAUUGGUGAACGUAAGAAUAAACAGAAAAAUAAUCGAACGAAAAAUUGAGUAAAGAUCAAGUAGACAAACACGGAAAAAAUCGAAUUGAGAAUAUGAAUUGGAAGCCGAAGAGUAUCGGAAUUAGAUACUGUUUGCAAUUAAAGAACACGAUAUGUCAAACGCAACAGAAAAUCUAGAUAUAUUAAACAUUUUUCUUGGCGUCCUCCACGUUUGGAAAACACUGUUUACGAACAUAAUCCCGCCUCAGUGUAUCUCGCGAGGCCAUUCGAGUGGACACGACGCACGUAUUUGUUUAUUCAGUCUUUGAUUGUGGUAAUACCAUUUGACGUUUCCAAAUUUAUUAGCGAAGUUAAUGCGUCCCCGCGAUCCGUGGGGAAAAUCGACGUUGGUCGACUCUCCGUCUCCCGAGGGCAGCUCGAUUCGACGACCGUAAACGUGGAAACGGAGCUAAACGUUGUCUCGACGAUGGAAAAAAAAGAUAGGAUCGAUCGACACGCCCAAAGGAUUCGACUUUAUUUUUACUUGGACCUAGCGGGACGACAGAAACACAUACGCCGUGGACGCGUUUUGACGUCACCUGCAUCUACGACGAAGACUUCUUUCGUGGGUCCAAUCACUGCUUCUCGAAUUACCAACGGCGAAUGGGAAUGAUACCGAAUCAACAUAAUCGACGCCAGCCUGGUAGAUCUAGCAUCGAAAAGUGUUAAACUGAACACGUAUUUGACACUUCUAGGAAAGCAUCGAGAUCAGGGCUGAGGACUUGGAGUCUUUCCUGUUUUCGAAUGUUCGGUGACUGAAACAUUCUGUACGAUUCGAAUGCUUCUCGAGUACUGUUCGAAUAUCUGAGUGUUCGAGUAUCUUGUGCACUGACGACCAAGUAUGUAGAUAUUUGUGAUCGAGUUUCACAGGAUCAUUUUCUUUCUUUGAAUGACACAAGUUCUUCAAAUCUUUCGUUGUUUUUGAAAAUUAGUCUUUUUAUUAGAGAUACCUUAUGAACAACAUGUUGCACAUCAUUUUUAUUGUGAUAAGAAUUCAAACGACCACGCACGAUAUUGUGCCCCACUGUACACUAAUGUAAGACACAAACGAAUUGUGUUUGUAUAUGUCUAUGUGCAAUUGUAUUUGUAUGAGUUUGCGUGCGUGCAGAUAAUCGACACGGUAUGAUUCAAAUAAUACACGUAUACGAAUGAUUUUUCAUUUGACACGUUGGACGCCAUCUCACCCAAAAAUAGGUGACGAGACUUUUUAUUAAGGGACUACAAAAAUUAAUUCCGAAUGUGAGAUGCUAAUGAAAUUAAAUCUGGUUAGAAUUCGUGAAUUGUACAGGUUUAAGAAAUUAGAUGUUCCGAUAAAUGUUAAAUUACCUAAUCUUCAAGAGUCUCGAGACGCAAUUUUAUGUUUGUACAAAUUUUCACGAGUUCUAGCUUGGCAGCCAACGUGUCAAAUAAUUGCGUUAGAUUAAUGACACUCGAUUAUUCGAAUAUUCGAAAUUAAUUCGUAGUAUUCGAACGCCUGUGAGAUAUUCGAACACUCCAAGCCCUAAUCGACACCCACUCGAUGCUUGACGAGAGUAUUGGCGCCCAUUUGACGAAGGUAUCGUUGAGUUUAUGUACACGCCGAAACGGCGGCUUCAGAGAAUGAUAUUUGUUGUAACGUUGCGUGCCUUCAAAGGCCGCAUAAUUUUAUAUUUUCGUUCUAAAUGUUUUCCUCGUCAGUACGUCUGUCAACAUUAUAGUGAAUACUUCUAA